CCAAGGGACAACAAGUUGCUGACUGUGGUGCUCAACAGACAAAUUCUAGUUCGAUAUCGAACUCUCUCAAUGACCACCACCGUUCCGGAUCAAUAUAUUCAAGAUUCCGCGUAUUGCAAUCUACAAGAACACCGCAGCACUGCGUAUCCGCACACCGGACCGGGACGGAGAUGCAUAUACAUCUCGGGUCGUUUCAAUGAGCGAAUUGCCAAAGCAUCUGCCCGAUGAGCCAUCUUUCCAUGCAGGCUGCUGUCAUAGCCUUUCGAAACAACUAAUUACGUCUCUGGACCAUGUUUUCUCCCAUACUCCGGGCUCGGUGCUGUCAAUCGGCAGCGGCGCCGGUCUCUUGGAGGCACUCCUCCUAGCCAAUAUUGAUGCAUUGAACAUCCAAGCAGUGGAAAUACAAGACAGCAAGAGCUUGGGGAUCAACAGGUACAUGCCUGAAGACCUGAUGCACUAUGUGGGAGGCACGUAUGAUCUUUUCCCAGGAGCUGGUACGGCCGCGACCUGGCUGCUGGUGUAUCCACGGGAUCCUCGACUCGUUGCGAAAUAUCUGGAGCAUUUCCAGGGUGGGUCAUUGAGGCAGAUCGUUUGCAUAUGUCCGAGGAGUGAGUGGCAGCGAUUCGAGGAUAUAGUCCGAGAUUCAUCCUUCAAAGAAAUCACUGAAGUAGAAGAUUCCGGAUUGCAGGCUUAUGAGGGGACAUUUGUAGCCAGAUUGCCAUAGCUGCAGCUGUUUCGCCUACGGACAAGUCUGAUCGAGCAUAGGAAGCAUUAAGACAUUAUAUUGUGACGUUCCACACACCAACGUCAGAUCACGAAAUAUGGCGAUAAGACGAGAGCCCUGAACACUGUGAUGGACUAUCCAGGCACGGAUGAUAUCUGAACCUCCAAAGCUAGCCAUCCUAGGAGGAAUUACUAGUGGUUUUAAUCUUCAUGAGUCAAGACGCUUCUAUUUAUGCUCCAUCAGAAGACCAGAACCUAUCCUAUUUCCAAAUUGGCAAUGGAUAUUCGAACGAAGAGCUUGCACCAAAAAGAUACACCACCGUGACCACCUCCACUGCAACGCCGACUACAUCAUGCCUGUGAUCAGAUAAGAAACUUGGCC